ACCAAAAUCUAGGGAUUAGUGUAAUUUUUAUGUUGGCAGCAGCUUAAUUCUUGUUUAUGUCGGGUUUUGGUGUUUGUAUUUUUAUGAAAUAAUAAGCAAUAAUGGAGAAUCUUCAAGAUAUUGAUUUGCUACAAAGUGCAGGUGAAAAAUCCGACUUGUACAACAUGUCCUCUCAUAGCCAACUGAUCGACAGUGCCGAUGUUACGAGGCGUAGAAGCUCGAAUCGAUCCAUAAAGCGUAAAAAAUUCGACGAUGAAUUGGUAGAGUAUAGUCUAGGAAUGCCAGGCGUAUCGAAUAUCAAGGGUGGUAGGUCUCGAACACAAUCAGCUCACAGCGACUUUUCCGUCGCGUCUCCGUCCACACCGCCUAUAAUCAGCACACCAGUACCCCAACACAUACCUGAAAUGAAGAGAAAACCAAUAGCAAAAACCCUGCCGACCAGUUCUCGAAGAUCGAAGAAAGGCAGGCAACAAAAUCAGUAUGCAACCAAAGACCUGGGCCGCUGGAAGCCAAUCGACGAUUUGGCAUUGAUUGUUGGUGUCCAACAAACCAAUGACCUGAGGACAGUCCAUUUGGGGACCAAGUUUUCCUGUAAAUUUACUGUACAAGAAUUACAACAAAGAUGGUAUGCCCUUUUGUACGACCAGUCAGUUUCUAGAGUGGCAGUGUCUGCUAUGAGGAAUCUACACCCCGAUAUGAUUGCUGCUGUGCAAGAUAAAGCACUGUGGAGUCAGCAGGAAGAAAAAUUACUGUAUACAAUUAAAUCAAGCUCAAACCCGACCAUGGAAACAUUUUCGGAACUUCUGGCUCAGAAUUCCGACGUGUUUUACUCUGGCAGAACGCCGAACGCGCUUCAACGCCACUGGCAAACUUUGCGCAUGUACCAUUUGUUGCCGGACCAAACUUUGGGGCCCCUGCCAGUGGCGGGUCGUCCGAUCAUGUCGUUUAGUGACGCCGAAGAAUUGCUGCUAGAUUCGGAGCUGAGCGAACCACCAGACGAGGCUUUGGAUAAGGAGUUGAAAUUGCAGCAGAGAAGGAACAUUAAGGAGAUAAGGCAGCUUGAGAAUGAAGUGGGAAGGUGGAAUGUUCUAGUGGAUAGUGUUACUGGCAUAUGUCCUGGCGAGCUGGACAGUCAAACACUGGCGGUUUUAAGAGGCCGUAUGGUGAGAUAUUUAAUGAGAAGCAGAGAAAUAACCAUUGGUAGAUCAGGAAAGGGUCAUUCCGUGGAUAUUGAUUUGUCUUUGGAGGGGCCCGCUCACAAAAUAUCCAGAAGACAGGCAACACUAAGGUUGCGCAACACUGGAGAAUUCUACUUGUCUUCCGAAGGAAAACGGCCCAUUUUUGUGGACGGACGUCCUAUAACCGCUGGGAAUAAAGUGAGAUUAUACGAUAAUGCCGUAGUUGAAAUUUCCUGUUUAAGAUUCAUAUUUUCCGUAAAUCACGAUUUGAUUAGAGCCAUACACAAUGAAUCUGUUAGAUACAACUUACCUCCAUAAGAGUAAAACGUUUUUGUAUUUAGUUUUAGUUGAUUAUGUGUAAUGUAACUUAAAUGUAAUGUUUAACUGAUAAAAUAAA